CACGUGACCUCCGUCUGCUGUGAUCAGGGCAACUUUGAACAAAGUUUACCAAAACCAAGCAGUUUACUCAAAAUGACCACGCCAACUGUGAAAGACGUUUUGGUUACCUUUUUCAUGUCAGAAAAAUGUUACGAGGACUUUUUCGUCAACUUUCUUGUCCACGUGUCAUGUUUGAAGAUGGUAUUGAGCAAAGUGGCAGGAUUUUGGAUUCUCUUUGAUGUGUUGCUGGCGCAGCUACUGCAGUUGUUGACUGUUCUGUGGAGGGGCCGUGCAGAUGGUCUGAGCUUGACAUCUGUCCUGCUGCAGCUUUAUGCCUUCUCCUGUCCUAUUUUGUUUGCAGUGAGACACAACUUUCCCCUCGAGGCCUGGGCUGAGAGACUGUUCCUUCUGAUACAGACAGCAGCCAUUGUCCUUCUCAUGCUGCGUUAUCAGGGUAAUACUCUACAUGGAGUGAUGUUACUUUUGUCACAUUGUGCUCUGAUUUUCCUGCUGAUAACAUAUGCUGCUUCCUCACUCAUCUCAAAAAUGCAAGAUACAAUUUUGCCAGCUAUUAUUUUAAGUAAGCUCAUCCAGACCAGGGCAAAUUAUUGUAAUGAACACACGGGCCAGCUGUCCAGCCCAUCUCUGAUAUUAUCUCUAGGUGGUGCACUAGGAAAGAGCUUAAAUUAUUGGGAUUCUUACGUUAUUGUUGAAAGCCUGUUGCACACAGUGUCAGCUUGCCUCAGCUUUGCCCUAGUGAUCCAGAUGUUUUACUACAGGAGGCACAGGACCAAAAUGAAUAAGAACGAGUAA